AUGAUUUUAUUUUCCAAAUUCAAUAUCUAUUUAUGAAAACUGCAGCUGAAACUAAAAGUCUUGUUUAUACUAAAAAGAUUUACUUUUUCUGAGCUUAAUAAUAUUUCUAAAAAUAUGAAAAAUAAAGGAUAUUUGUUUUAUUGCCGAUUAUGAAUAUUCAAUCUAAAAAUCAGUUUUCAAAUUAUGCAAAAGCUCAAAAAAUCAACUUUCACCUCUCUGUUCUUAUAA